GCAAGGCCGAGCCCGGGGACUAUUACGCGCGGACUGCGGAGUGAUUCCUGGCGCGCAUGUGUACACGGCGGUACAGCGGCACAUUGUGAGACCCGCCCUUGAUGUUGUACAGAACUGAAGGAUUGUAAGGCUUCCUUAAGGUUGACGCCGCGAACUCCAAGUCGCUGAUUGACAAGCAAGUUGUCCGAAGACAGCGUCUAUGAGACCACCUGCACACCUUGCUAUAGGACUCUAAUCAGGCCUACCAAGGACGCCAAACAAGACGAGCAACUUGUCAUCACACCGUAACGCAGACAGUCUAUACUUAGUGCCUCGGGCAAAAAUCCUCAACAAGGCCUCCUAUUCAACCGGGGUUUCAAGGCAUUACGUUCACAUUAAGCAGAUCAGCCGAACUGAAAUCUGAUUUGAACAGCCGGAACAACAUGAUCCUUUCACACCUGUACCUCCUUCUGCUGACCGGGCUGAUGCAGUUCGCACCCUGGACGCAAGGGGCGCCCCUGCCUGCGUGUAGCGGUCCCGAACCACUGUGCAACUGCCGAGGAACAGAAAUCUACUGCUUCCAGCGAAGCCUGACGGAACCGCCGAGUGACAUCCCCGCUGACACUACUAUUCUAAGACUUGAGCGUAACCGGCUAACGUACGUUCCCCGUCAGGUGUUUAGCAACUUAAGCCGACUAAGAGAGCUGGACCUUUCCGACAAUGUCAUCCACAAGCUUGAUGUCGGCACUUUCGACGGUCUAGAGAGUCUUGUGACCCUCAAGCUAGAAAAAAAUCGUAUAACGUCUAGUACUCUACUGGAUGGAACCUUUCGUAAUUUGAGGUCCUUAGCAAGAUUAGGUCUUUGGGGGAAUAUCAUUUCGACUUUGAGUGUUAAUCUCUUUGACGGAUUAACUAAUCUGGAAGAGAUUGACCUUAAGAAUAACAUCAUAGAGGCCCUUCCAGUUGGUAUUUUCUCUCAAACAACAUCAUUACGUACAGUAACUCUAGCUAAUAAUGGCCUCGAGUCACUGGACAACAUUCUCCCCGCGAUUCCAGAUAACAUUACAGAAGUAGACCUCAGUGGGAACAGUAUAGCGAGCCUCAAUCGGGACGGUUUUGCGAGGUUCACAAAUCUCGCCACUUUAUUCUUAGGUAGUAACGGAUUUGGCGAUCUGGAAUCUGGGGUCUUCAACGGACUAGAUAAUCUUCGAAAUCUGUAUCUAGACGAAAACAGAAUCUCUUCUCUCGCCUCUGGUCUCUUCCAGGGCCUGCCCAAUUUAGGACAGAUUUGGCUCGACAACAACGAUCUUGCUGAAUUGCGCAGGAACAGUUUCGGUGACCAUCCUCUGCUCGCCUCUUUGUAUCUUUCAAAUAACACCAUUUCAACGAUCGAACCGGGAAUUUUCAGCUCAUUUCCUGCACUGCGUAAGAUUGAUCUAACAUCCAACCGCAUUUCGACCCUCCCAGAUGGCGUGUUCGACAAUCUAGCCGAGAUUCGUGAGUUAUACCUCUCUAACAAUAUGCUACAAAACCUCGACGAAGAUAUUUUCAAGGACUUUAGGAAUGUUUUGGAAAUUAAGAUAGAAGAAAACAAACUGAAAAGCUUGCCUUCUGGCAUUUUUCGAGGUUUGCAAACUCUAAAGAGGUUAGAUUUGGGGGGUAACUCCCUCUCAGCUUUACCCGUGGAUAUUUUCGCUGGUCUCACGGAACUAUCUCGGCUGGGUUUGUCAGAUAACAACCUCGAAAUUAUCCAAGACGGCACUUUUGAGAACCUGCCAGCACUGAAAUCUCUUGCCCUGUAUGACAUGGACAUUCAGAACGUGUCCUGUGGGACCUUCCCGUCAAGCACUGAGGUAGAAGUCACGCUCGACUGUACGUGUCGACUCAAGCCGCUGUACGCGUGUCCUACCUUCAGGGCUCUGGGUUUCAGACUGAUUUGCUGGAAGCCGCAGGAGCUUUACAAAAGGACACUAGAUACUAUCUCUAAAGAUGUUCUGAAAUGCAUUACAAGCUCAGCCAAUCGCAACCAAGGGUUUGGGGCUGGCUUCGCCAUGCCUCUGAUAAUGUUGAUAAACCUGUUGGUGAAUAGCAUCAGAUUCUGAGAACGAUUUGAAAGUUACCGAUACUCUCCAAGCAGAGGUUGUGGGGGAAUGAUCGUUAGCUUUUUAUAUAUGGCCGUAAAUUUUUUUGUCGCUACCCCCACCGUCGGUAGCCGACGACCUUCUCUGGCUAAUGGAUACUGUCUUGCCACCGAAAUUGAUCUGCUUGGAGAUUAAGUUACUGAAUGCUUGGCGUGAUCAAGUUAAAAUCAGAUGUAAGGGUUUGUGGAUGGUAGAUUCCAAACGUUUGAUAGUGUAUUAUUGACAAACUGUUUCAUUUCUAACUGUUGCUAUAGUUGUCAUACUUGAAGUAUGUAUAUUGGCUUGAGUAAGAUUUGAACUCUAAAUUAGCCCCAAAACAAGAACAGAAGCAAGCUUGUGAUUUUCCUUAAAAAUGGGUACUGCUGAUGUUUUCUAAUAGAUUUCUGUCUGCAGUGUUGUAAGGUAUCAUGAAAGAAUGAAAAGGUUAAGAAAAAUCUCUGUAUGUAAAGCUAUAGCUUAUAAUAGCUAUCACUGAUGGUUUCCUUGCUGCUAGGUGUAAAAACAAACAACUAUUCAAGAUACAUUAUUCAAUAUUGUACGUGGUGUAAAUGUUCAUGAGUAUUACCUGUAAGGUGUAUAUAAUUAGAGUAAUAGAUCUAGAUAUUUGUUGUUACAUGUAACAUGUAUAAUAUAUAAUAUAUCGGUCGAUUUGUAGAUGUGUAGCAGGCUCGAUGACUGGAUUUUGUUUGAGUCUUUAGUUUAUAAUGCGUUUUUUUUUCAUUCUGGCAUAUCACUUCUAUUUGUUCAUAAGUAUUAAUUAUGAGGUGUAUAUAGUUGGAGUGAUUGAUCUAGAUAUUUGUUGUAUAAUCUGUAAUAUAGCAGCCGAUUUGUGGCAGGCUCGAUGACUGGACUCGGUUUUUUUGUCAAACCCAGCAAAUUAAGCUAGUACCAUGUAUGUAAGUAAGUAAUGCUAGUAAAAUGUAGUAUAAUGUUAGACGUAGUCUUACAUAACAAUAUUUUCUUAAACUUUCUAUAACACGCUUGUUUUCCAUUCUGGCAUAUCCCUUAUAUUUGUUCCGGAGUCCUGUUGCUGCCCCUGCGAGUACAGUACAAACAGACGUGAUAUACCAGAGGGAAGAGAACGCAUAAUAAAGUUCCACGAAUAGCCCAGUCGUAGAGACUGCGCGUGCUAUGAAGGUUAAGGCUAAUUGGUACCUCUAUAUCUGUAUAGUCCACACUCCUUAACACUACGCGAUGUUUAGAAGCAAAAUGUACUGGUGCAAGUGUGGAAAAUUAUUGUUCCAAUACAUGUUCACCAAUCUAUA